AUGGCCAAAGCGCGAGUCGCUCCUUUGAAACUCGUAUCUGUACCAAGACUUGAACUCACAGCUGCUGUUACUUCUGUGAACGUUGUCCAAGAACUUUCUAGAGAACUGGGUUAUGACGUAGAUGCCGACAUCUACUAUAGUGAUUCAACGGUCGUUCUUGGAUAUGUCCAAAACGAAGCCCGCCGCUUCCACGUUUACGUAGGAAAUAGAGUACAAGCUAUAAGAAGCAAAACUUCCCCAGAAUCAUGGCACCAUGUAAAAGGCAAGGAUAACCCAGCCGACAUUGCCUCAAGAUCCGCCACACCGAAGGAAUUGUUAGACUCUUCCACCUGA